AUGGAACCACUGGACAGAAUUCCACCUGUACCCUUCACGUGGUUACUUGAGCCAACUCACUGUGUAGUGCUUACAAACAGUGAUUCCAAUUUCCAUGCUGUGAAGAAAGAUGUAAGUGACUGUGAGAGUUGUGUAGGACGCAGGAUAGUGUGUUGUCAUGACCUGGAGGACAAGGAGCUUAUAUGUUCCAGAAACCUUUUUCCAAGGACAAAGGAGCUUAAGUCAGUUGUUCAUAGUGCCCCUGGUUGGAAAUUAUUUGGUAAAGUCCCUCCCCGAGAGAAUCUUCAGAAAGCUUCCAAGAUCAUUCAGCAGGAAUAUGAAGCACGAACAGGGAGAACUUGUAAACCAUCAACUCAGUCCUCAAGACGUAAAAAUUUUGAAUUUGAGCCACUUUCUACCACUGCCUUGAUUCUUGAGGAUCGACCAUCCAAUCUUCCUGCUAAAUCUGUGGAAGAAGCUUUACGUCACCGACAAGAAUAUGAUGAGAUGGUGGCUGAGGCUAAAAAGCGAGAAAUUAAAGAAGCACAUAAAAGAAAAAGAAUAAUGAAAGAGCGAUUUGAACAGGAAGAAAAUAUUGCAAAUGCAAUGGUAAUUUGGAUCAAUGAAAUACUGCCCAAUUGGGAAGUAAUGCGCAGCACAAGAAGAGUGCGAGAGCUGUGGUGGCGGGGCUUGCCCCCUAGGGUCCGCGGGAAAGUUUGGAGCCUCGCUGUAGGAAAUGAGCUGAACAUCACUCCGGAACUUUAUGAGAUCUUCCUUUCAAGAGCAAAAGAACGAUGGAAAAGCUUCAGUGAAACAAGCUCAGAGAAUGAUACAGAAGGUGUAUCUGUUGCUGACCGAGAGGCCAGUCUGGAAUUAAUUAAGUUGGACAUAUCCCGUACAUUUCCAUCUCUCUUCAUCUUUCAGAAGGGUGGCCCAUAUCAUGAUGUUUUACAUAGUAUCUUAGGGGCAUAUACAUGUUACAGACCUGAUGUUGGUUAUGUCCAGGGGAUGUCCUUCAUCGCAGCAGUGCUCCUUCUCAACUUGGAGGAAGCAGACGCCUUCAUUGCCUUUGCCAAUCUCCUCAAUAAGCCGUGCCAGCUGGCCUUUUUUCGUGUGGAUCACAGCAUGAUGUUGAAAUAUUUUGCAACAUUUGAAGUAUUCUUUGAAGAAAAUCUCUCCAAACUAUUUCUUCAUUUCAAGUCUUACAGUCUUACACCAGAUAUAUAUCUGAUAGAUUGGAUCUUCACACUAUAUAGCAAAUCGCUACCACUGGAUUUGGCCUGUCGAGUUUGGGAUGUAUUUUGCAGAGAUGGGGAGGAAUUUUUAUUUAGGACAGGAUUAGGAAUCCUUCGAUUAUAUGAAGAUAUUCUCCUACAGAUGGACUUUAUUCAUAUAGCGCAAUUUCUAACUAAGUUACCAGAAGAUAUCACGGCAGAAAAGCUCUUCAGCUGUAUUGCAGCAAUUCAGAUGCAGAAUAGCACCAAGAAAUGGACUCAGGUCUUUGCAUCUGUAAUGAAGGAUAUUAAAGAAGAAGAGAAGAACAGCAGCCCUGCUCUGAAAAGCUAAUUGUCCAAAUUAACAGAUUAACUGACAUAUAAACAGUGGUUUGUGGAGGAGUACUUUUUUUUGUUUCCUAUGUAAAAAGCAUGGAAGACAGUGUUGGAGAAAUUCAAAAGAAUCAUGAGGUGGAAAACUACUGGCUUUUAAUUCCAUGGCCAAAAUAAUGAAAUAAACAACUUCACAGUAUUAAUGAAUAAAAAAGUAUUUUGUAGGGCUAGCCAUUUUUUUCAGAAGAAAAAAGUUUAAAUAUUUCAGACUCCAUAAUUUUAAUUGAACAGUCUAAUGCAAUACAUUUUUUAAAUAGCUUCAGAGAUACUU